UUUGUAUCCUUGAUUUCACUCCGACUUCUGUUUUUUGCCCUCGAGGGAAAUCGUAUGCGAAGCAGAAGCGACGCUUUGUGAAUGGCUAGGCUAUAUCUGAAACUACAGCUGGACUAGUUAGUUGAUCCACAUUUUAUAAACAGGCGUCUGCCACAACCAAUCCAUGAAGUAGGAGCGACGCACAAGCAGCCUGUGAUUGGACAGUUGAGCAGUCAUUCAUGGAGCCGUAGCAACAGUGAUCAGGAAACAAGCACGCACAGCCGGUAUCUUCUCGUCUCCAAACCCCAUCCCCUGCGCUUACAAAGGAGUGUUGCCAUGGUGGAUGUGAGUAAGUGGCCUCUCUUCACACUCUUGAGUGCACAGGAGCUCGCCUCCAUACGACAGGCAUGCAUCUUUGGAGCAUCUGCGAAUGAGGCCAUCUACAUCACCCACGAUGGCGAAGUGUACGUGUUGGGUUUGAACUGCAGUAAUUGUCUGGGCACUGGAGACAGUCAGAGCACAAUUGUUCCUAAAAAGCUGGACAGUCUGACUGGAAAGAAGCUGGUCAGUUUGAGCUAUGGCAGUGGCCCUCAUGUUCUGCUGGUUACAGAAGAGGGGGAGUUGUAUGCAUGGGGGCAUAAUGGAUACAGCCAGCUGGGCAAUGGGACGACCAAUCAAGGUGUAUCUCCUAUUUUGGUGACUACUAACCUGCAGAACAAGAAGGUGACUGAGGUGGCCUGUGGUUCUCACCACUCUUUGGCUUUGACCCAUGAGGGUGAGGUGUUUGCGUGGGGCUAUAACAACUGUGGUCAGGUGGGUUCAGGGUCCACUGCCAACCAGCCAACACCUCGCAAAGUGUCCAACUGUCUGCAGAAUAAAGUGAUGGUCAGUAUAGCUUGUGGACAGACUUCAUCCAUGGCUGUGGCAGAUAAUGGCGAGGUUUAUGGCUGGGGUUACAAUGGUAACGGCCAGCUAGGGUUAGGCAACAAUGGGAACCAGCUGACACCGUGUCGUUUGAUUGCACUACAAGGCCUCUGUGUUCUGCAGAUUGCGUCAGGUUACGCUCAUUCUCUAGCACUGACCGAUGAGGGCCUACUGUAUGCAUGGGGUGCCAACACUUACGGCCAGCUGGGCACCGGCAACAAGAGCAACCAGCUCAGCCCUGUACAGGUCAUGACCGAGAAAGAAAGGAUUGUGGAGAUCGCAGCCUGUCACUCUACACACACCUCUGCGGCAAAGACCCAGAGUGGUCAGGUGUAUAUGUGGGGGCAGUGCCGCGGACAGCCCAUCGUGCUGCCACACCUCACACACUUCAGCAGCACAGACGAUGUCUUCGCCUGCUUCGCCACGCCGUCUGUGAUGUGGCGGCUGCUUUCCAUGGAGCAUGAUGACUUCCUGACUGUGGCCCAGUCUCUUAAAAAAGAGUUUGACAAUCCUGAGACCUCUGACCUCAAAUUCAGCGUCGACGGGAAGUACAUCCAUGUCCAUAAAGCUGUUCUCAAAAUCAGGUGUGAGCACUUCAGAUCAAUGUUUCAGUCACACUGGAAUGAGGAUAUGAAAGAGGUGAUUGAGAUCGACCAGUUCUCGUACCCGGUUUACCGCUCUUUUCUGGAGUUCCUCUACACCGACAGUGUGGAUCUUCCUCCUGAAGACGCCAUUGGGUUACUGGAUCUGGCAACCUCAUACUGUGAAAACAGGCUGAAGAAGCUGUGCCAGCAUAUCAUAAAGAGAGGAAUCACGGUGGAGAACGCUUUCUCUCUGCUGUCUGCUGCCAUCAGAUAUGAUGCUGAGGAUCUAGAGGAGUUCUGUUUUAAAUUCUGUGUGAACCACUUGACUGAGGUCACGCAGACAGCUGCGUUCUGGCAGAUCGACGGCAACAUGCUGAAGGAGUUUAUCUGCAGAGCCAGCCACUGUGGAGCCUUCAAAAACUGACUCUGACGGCCUCCAGAUACACACACGCUCAAUGUAUUAGUCAAGGAACCCAUCUGUUACUGCAGCCAGUCCUCCUCACAGCUAGUGGGCGCUGUGACACCAGACAGUCAGUAACACACAGCGUCCCCUGUUGAGCAGGAGGGUCAAUUUCUGUGUUAAUGUCACAUACAACCAUUUCAUAUUCCUCUGUUGCCGAAGAUAGUCAGCCAGACGGGACAUUCCCAUUCAUAUUGAAUAGUGCUAAUAACAAUUUCUAGUGCUGCAGAUGGGAAGAGUGUUGUUUGGGCCAAACAGAGGCAUAAUUCAACUGUAUUACUUAAACAUGCACCACUGAAAAGCAGACAAAGAGACUACGUCAAUCUUUUUGUUUGUCCCUUAUACUUUAUUGCACGGGUAAUAUUGAAUAGAGGUCACUAAUUAGAUUUUUUUUUUUCUUGCAGUGAUGCUGUGCAUUACAAGUUGCUCUUUUUUUAUUGUAUUGUAUUGGCUGGGAUCUGUUAAUGUGCUUUCUAUUGGAUACAGUCAGCAGACCUUAUUGAUCUGGCCCCUUAUGUUGUUGACUUAUUUCUGUCUAAGUGUUAUUGACCAAAAGCAUUUCUGCUAUUUAAUGUUUUUGUUUUUUGCUUGAUUUGAGUCUUAAAAUAUAGGCCUUUUUUUUUUUUUUUCUUUCUUCUUUUUUUUUUAACAGAUUAGGAAGACCACUGUAUGUUAUCGCUUGGUUCAGGAUCUGCUGUUGCACUUAACCAGUCUGAUGUUUAUGUUUGCUAAAAUAUAAAGAGUAUUAUAGUUGCACUAGUUGUUUCCUGUGCGGGAGCUGCUCAUCACUAGAGGGUGUAUAUGAAUUUUUACAGCUGCACCUUUGUAAUAGGUGUGUAACACUUAGAUUUAACAAUACUAAUGCCUAUGGUAAGUUUUUUUUUUUUUUUGUUACGUAUUAACCAUCUGUAUUUGUUUUUCACAUGUAUAUACUGUACAGUUUUUGCAUUAGUUUUGUAAAUUAACCUGUGCACAUUAUGUGUGCCACAGUUUCUCUUGUAAGUUAUAAAACCUGAUAUUAUAAAGAUAAAUAAAGCUUUUCUUUGUAAGUUG